AUGAUGUUGAGUAGCGACCACGGCUUGAGCGACGAAGAGAAGGAAGCCUUUGGGGAGAUUGCUGAGAUUGUGUAUGAUCAAGAUGAAACGAGUACAUUGGACGAGGAGGAAGAAGAGUUUGCGGCUCUUGCCACUCAUUGGGCGUGCAAGACUAAACGCACACAACCUGGCGUGGUCCAGUUUCUGGCGCACAGGCUGCCGAUGGCUGCCUCCAGGAGGACGUUGGAUGGUCUCUAUCCGAUUUAUCUACUGUUCAAGCGCGAGCAUACUCUGGAAGAAGUGAAAGCUGUUGUGCAAGCAGAUUCUCCCGCAGGCAGCCUGAGCAAACAAGAGCACCUACUGCUACAAGGCUUUGCCUCUCGCCAUGGCAAUGUCCAAGUGAUCGAGUACAUUGUGGAACAGUGCCCUCUUGUCAGGAAAAAACACGAGACAGUCCGUGAUAUCUCAUUGCCACAUUUUACAGCUUUGGCCAAGCUGCUGCCGCAACUGACCAAAUUCAGCCUCCACAUUUUCUCUCGGGAACUACCCACUAGUAACGACUUGAUUGGCUGGAAUCAUGUCAUGGAAACACUGGGGAAUUGUAAUUCCUUGGAUAGUCUCAACAUUACUUUGAAAUUUCCAGAGGGAUUUCCAUCCACUGGGCUGGAUGCUCUCGGCAAUGCCCUUGCCUCGAUUGAAAACCUCAAAAGUUUGACUCUGGAUGGAGGCGAGAGGGGACAUUGGAAUCGUACGAUAUUAGCCCAGGCCAACCUGACGGCGGCGCUGGUAACCCUCCUCAGUCGCAAUUCUCUGCAAGCUAUACGGGUUCCCAACACCAUCUCUGUCGAUCACAACGAAAUCUUUGAUGCCUUGAAACGCAACAUCAGCCUUGAAACCUUUGAUAUUGUUUCCUGUGUCAACAAUGACGACAAGCGAAAGGCGUUGGCACAAGUGCUCCAAGUCAAUACGACAUUGCGUUUUGUAGAGCUUCGAUCCACUGGAGGGGAGGCCGUGACGUACGACAAGAUUCGGUACCUGCUGCAGCUCAACAUGUCAGGGAGAGCCAAGGCCCGCACGUGCACCACAUCUCGCGAGGAAUUUGUCGAUCUACUGGCGACAGAAGUGGAAUCCUGGGAGAUCUCGUCAACUUCCACAUCAAUGCAAACAAGUCUCAUGCUGGAUCUAUUGAGAGAGUGCCCCAGUAUUUGGUGUAGGAGACCGCAACAUCGUUGA